AUGGACGUCCGAGAUUUGAUCAGCAGCCAAAACGACGUCUCCUUAACACUGGCCAAGCGAGUGAUAUUGACGGAAGCCAAGGAGACGAAUUCCGUGUUCUCGCCACUGUCACUGCACGUGGUAUUGGGCCUGAUCGCCGCCGGAUCCGACGGCCCUACGAAAGACCAGCUCCUCUCUUUCCUCAACUCCAAAUCCACCGACGACCUCAACUCUCUGUCAUCUCAGCUUGUCACCGCCGUACUCGCCGACGGUAGCCCCUCCGGUGGACCCCUCUUGUCGUUUGCUAAUGGGGUUUGGAUUGAUCAGUCCUUGUCUUUUAAACCCUCCUUCAAUAAGGUCGUGGAUGAUGUUUACAAGGCUGCUUCCAAACAAGUUGAUUUUCAACAUAAGGCUGUGGAGGUGACCAAUGAAGUGAAUGCAUGGGCGGAAAAAGGAACAAAUGGCCAUAUCAAAGACAUUCUUCCUCCUGGUUCUGUGGACAGUACAGCAAGGCUGAUAUUUGCAAAUGCUCUGUAUUUCAAAGGAGCUUGGGAUGAGAACGAGAAAGAACAGUAUGUAAGCACCUAUGAUGACUUCAAAGUGUUGUGCCUUCCUUACAAACAAGGUGAGGACAAGCGUCGUUUCUCCAUGUAUUUCUUCCUCCCAGAUGCCAAGGAUGGUCUGCGAGCUUUGGUAGAGAAACUUGAUUCUCAACCUGGAUUCAUAGACCGUCAUCUUCCUCGUAGGAAAGUAGAAGUUGGAGAUUUCCUCAUCCCUAAGUUUAAGAUGUCGUUUGGUUUUGAUGCAUCAAAAACUCUGAAAGAUCUAGGGCUGACCUUACCUUUUUCUGAUGGAGGACUCUCUGAAAUUGUGGACUCCCCUGUUGGUCGCAACCUUUUUGUUUCCAACAUUUUCCACAAAUCCUUCAUUGAGGUUAAUGAAGAAGGUACAGAAGCAGGGUCUUCAAGUGCAGGGGUGGUUAUGCUGCGUGAAUUAGUACUCAUAGAUAAACCUGAUUUUGUUGCUGAUCAUCCAUUCCUUUUCGUCAUCAGAGAAGACAUGACCAGGGUGGUGCAGUUUGUAGGUAGUGUGCUUAAUCCCACUGUGUCUUAA